AUGCCCUCCUACGCUGGUUCCUGCACCUGCCGCAGAAUCCAAUAUGAACUGAACCUGUCGUCGCCCGACGACGCCAGGACAUCUUUAUGCCACUGCAGUAGUUGCAAGAAAGCAUUUGGCACAAACUACGGGUUGACAGCGAAAAUCCCCAAGGGUGCUCUGCAAAUCACAGCGGGCCGGACCAAGGAGUUCGCCCAGGAUAACGGCUCUGGAUCGGUCGUGCAUCGAGAAUUCUGUGAUAACUGUGGUAGCUUUAUUUGCGAGUAUGGGGAUGCUGUGAAGGACCAAUUCCGGUAUCUUGUUGUUGGAUCCCUCGACGACCCGGAGGCCUUGCCGCCCAAAGGAGAGUUCUUCUGUCGUGAUCGGGCUACCUGGAUGCCAGAGGUACCUAAUGUAUUUCACAAGAAACAGAUCAAGGAAUAA